AAAGAAAAAAAUAUACAUUUAUUUUUUGGUUAUUGUUAAAUUUUUGCGUGAGCUUUAUUUUCCACUCGCUUCUUGAAUAUGCUGAACGUUCGCAACUUGAGAAUGUUAAUGCUUAACAAUCCCGCACUCCGUCGGCUGGUGGCAGUCAAUAGGAAUGGCAUACGCCAUGCCUGCGGUGGCGGAGAGGCGCGCGGCGGCAAGGGACUGGUCGUUGGUGUGUAUCUCAAGGAGGGCGACAAGGACCCCAAGCUAACGUCGGCGGGCGAGAAGCUGAACGAUCGACUGGGCGGCAAGCUGGUCGAGCUAAUAUGCGAGACAAAGAUUGUGGGCAAGCUGGGACGCGGCAAAGUGUUCAACAACAUUGAUCCGGAUUUUCGCAGCAUUGCCAUAGUGGGCGUGGGCAUGGAAGGUGUUGGCUUCAAUGAGCUGGAAAUGCUGGACGAGGGCAUGGAGAAUGUGCGCAUUGCCGCUGGCAUUGGCGCUAGAUCAUUAUUCGAUUUGGGCUGCACGGAAAUUCAUGUGGAUAGCAUGGACUAUGCCGAGCAGGCGGCGGAGGGCUCAACGCUGGCGGUUUGGCAAUAUGCCGACAUGCUGGGCAAGAAGAAUAGACCGGCAGCACCCAAGCUGGAGCUGCAUGACUCUGGCGACGUGGAUGGCUGGACGCGUGGUCUGUUCAAAGCCGAAGCGCAGAAUCUGGCGCGUCGUCUAAGCGAUGCUCCCGCCAACUGCAUGACACCCACGCUAUUUGCUCAGGCUACUGUCGAUGCGCUGUGUCCUUGCGGCAUCACCGUGGAAAUACGCACCAUGGACUGGAUAGAGCAGCAGCGCAUGCAUUCGUUUCUAAUGAUUGCCAAGGGUUCCUGCGAGCCGCCUGUGCUUAUGGAGAUCAGCUACUGCGGCACCUCGCCCGAGGACAAGCCUGUGCUGUUUGUUGGCAAAGGCAUUACCUUCAACUCGGGCGGCAUUAAUCUGCGCCCAUGCAAGGACAUGGAUGAGUAUCGCGCCAGCAUGUCCGGCGCCGCUGCCUGCGUUGCUAUGAUGCGCUGCGUUGCGGCGCUGUCGCUGCCCAUCAACAUCUGCCUGAUUAUUCCUCUGUGCGAGAACAUGCCCUCGGGCAUGGCCACCAAGCCGGGUGAUGUCUGCACGCUGCUCAAUGCGCGUGCCAUGGCCAUACGCGAUCUGGAUAAGGCGGGCGUAGUGGUUAUGGCGGAUCCUUUGAUUUAUGGACAAACAACUUACAAGCCGCGUUUGGUUGUAGACGUUGCCACGCUGGGCAUGGGCACCAAGAAAGCCUUUGGCGGUGGCGCCACCUCCAUAUUCUCCAACUCCCACUAUAUUUGGAAGCAAUUCCAGCGCGCUGGUUCGCUAACCGGCGAUCGGGUCUGGCGACUGCCACUUUGGCAUUACUACAAGAAGCAGGUGACCGAUGAGCUGGGCUAUGACCUGAGCAACGAUGGUCGUGGCUUGGCCAGCAGCUGUCUGGCUGCAGCUGUGCUGCAUGAGCUGGUGCCCUGCGCUGAUUGGGCGCAUCUGGAUACGCGUGGCACUGGCAUGAUGAGCAUGUAUGGCAUUGUGCCCUAUUUGAGCAGUUGGCGCAUGACUGGGCGACCGACGCGAACCUUGGUGCAGUUCCUUUAUCAGCUGGCGUGUCCGGAACAAAAAUAAGAUGUUAAUGUUACAGAUCUAGAGCGAGUUCGAGGAUUGUAGCUGUAGUAGAGAAGUAUGAGAUUUGAUUUUGACACGUGUUGUAUGUAUGUCCUAUUAAAGUAUUGACUUUGUUUGUCAACAA